AUGUAUGUCGGAAAGAACAUCCUGACUGCAUGUACCAAGCAAUUUUGGAAUCCUUUGAAAUUUUAUCAGGAUUAUCAGUCAGCUGCAUUUAAGAUCUCGCAAGAAUGGAUGUUUAUACAACUAAUCCUUUCACUCCCAUAUCGUUCCUGA